UCUAUACGUUGCAACAACUUAAUAAUACUUGUUAAGCUGCAUUUCCUUUCUACACUAAUUUCUCAAACAAUUCUUACUUUGUUGAACUAAGUUAUGGCGGCUAUUGUUGGAGGAGCACUUCUUUCAGUUUCCAUGGAGAUGUUGGUCAAAAAGAUUGUUUCUGGUGAGUUUUUUGAUUUGUUUCGGAGGACUAAGCUUGACGAUGUGCUGUUGAAAAAGCUGAAGAUAACACUGCUGAGUCUUCAAUCUGUGCUUCAUGAUGCUGAUGACAAACAGAUCACUAAUCCUGCUGUUAAGAAGUGGCUAGAGAUGUUGCAAGAUGUUGUCUUUGAAGCUGACGAACUGUUCGACGAACUCAACACUGAAGCUUUAAGGUGCCAAGUUGAAGGUGGUCAGGUUCUUAAUAAGUUUUUGUCUUAUUUUAAAAGCAUUAAUAAAAAGAUCAAUUCUAAACUGCCAAAGUUAUUUGAAACACUAGAACAUUUGAGAAAGCAGAAGCUUGAAUUGAAAGAAGGUGAUUCCAACUGUGUUUGGAAUGUAUCUCCUACAACUUCUGUUUUGGGAGAUGAAUCUGCUAUUUAUGGCAGAGAUGACGACAGAAAGAAACUUAAAGAGUUUCUGUUGUCAGAGGGUGGCAAUGAUGGUGGAAGUAAAAUAGGAGUGAUUUCUAUUGUGGGUAUGGGAGGAUUAGGAAAAACAACACUAGCUAAACUUCUUUACAAUGAUCAUCAUGUGAAGGAUAAUUUUGAGGUUAGAGGGUGGGCACAUGUCUCAAAAGAUCUUGAUGUUGUUGCUGUCACUAAAACCCUUCUUGAAUCUGUCACUCCAAAAACAGAUACAGCUAAUGAAUUGAAUAAUCCUCAAGUACAAUUGCAACAAACUUUAAGUAACAAAAUGUUUUUACUUGUAUUGGAUGAUAUAUGGCUUGGAAGGUAUGUUGGUUGGAAUAGUCUAAUUGAUAUCUUUAAUGUUGGACAAAAAGGGAGUAAGAUCAUCAUCACAACCCGUGAUGAAAGAGUUGUAUUACCCAUGCUAAAAUAUCUCUGUGUCCACCAUAUAAGAUCUUUGGAAACUGAAGAUUCCUGGUCUUUACUAGCCAGACAUGCAUUUGUAGAAAGAAACUACCAACAACAUCCCAAUUUAGAAAUAAUUGGUAGAGAAAUUGCCAAAAAAUGUGGAGGUUUACCAUUAGCUGCAGUAGCAUUGGGGGGUUUUUUUCGAACCAAAUUGUCACAAGAUUAUUGGAGUGAUGUAUUAAACAAUAGUAUUUGGGAACAAACACAUGAUGAAGUGCAGCCAGCUCUGCUAUUGAGCUACCGUUAUCUUCCAGCUUCUUUAAAAGGAUGCUUUGCUCAUUGUUCAGUUUUUCCAAAGAACUCAAUCUUAGUGAAAAAGAUGGUGGUUCAGUUGUGGAUUGCAGAAGGCUUAGUACCUCAACCAAAAAGUGAGAAAAGUGGGGAAAAAGUAGCUGAAGAAUACUUUGAUGAACUAGUUUCGAGGUCUCUUAUACUUCAACGGUCCAUUGAUGAUAAGUCAGAAGAAUUCAUUGGUGAUGAAAAAGCAUGCUUUGAAAUGCACGACCUCAUCAAUGAUUUAGCUAUGACAGUAUCAUCUCCAUAUUGCACUAGGUUGGACAAACAUAGGCCAGAUGAAAGGGUAGAUAAAAGAGUGAGACACUUGUCAUUCGAUAGGGAGGAAUAUAACUCAUACGAUAAAUUUGAAAUAUUGCAUGGAUUAAAAGGUCUACGAACCUUUCUACCCAUGCCAUUACAAGCUUCACGGCAGUAUUCUAAUUCCAUGUUCUCAAAGGUAUUUGCUGACUUGUUGUCGACAAUGACUCAAUUACACGUGUUGUCACUUUCACACUUCCAAAAUAUCACUGAAUUUCCCAACUCUAUUGGAAAAUUGAUCUAUUUGCGAUACUUGAAUCUCUCUAGCACUCCAAUUAAGAGGCUGCCUUCAGAAACUUGCAAGCUUUACAAUUUGCAGACGUUGUUGUUGUUGUCAAGAUGCGAGAAACUCACUGAAUUGCCAAAGGACAUGGGGAAAUUGGUGAAACUACGCCACCUUGACAUCAAAGGCACUAAAUUGAAGAAAAUGCCGGCACAAAUAUCCAAAUUAAAAAAUCUACAAACAUUGUCAGAUUUUAUUGUAGGCAGUGUCAAGGAUGGUGGAUUGAAGAUUGAAGAUCUUGGUAAAUAUCUCCAUCUAAGAGGAAGUCUUUCCAUCUCACAACUUGAAAAUGUAAUUGACACAUCCCAUGCUUCUCAAGCAAACUUGGAAAUGAAAAAAGAAAUUGACGAGUUGAAACUAGGAUGGUCUUACACUGCUCCUUCAAACUCACAAAUACAAAGUGUUGUAUUGGAACGACUGCGUCCAUCAACAAAUUUGAAGAGUUUGACCAUCUCCGAAUAUGGUGGAGACAAAUUACCAAAUUGGGUGGAUGAUCCUUUAUUUAGCAACAUAGUGUGUUUAAGGAUCUCAGGGUGUACAAAAUGUUCAAGGCUGCCAUCCCCAGGGCAACUAGGUAGUCUUAAAGAACUCUUUAUUAGUGAGAUGCAAUUAGUAAAGAGUGUCUGUACUGUGUUCUAUGGAAGUGGUUCUUCUUCAUUUCAACCAUUUGUCUCUUUAGAGACUCUAAGAUUUGAAGAUAUGCCAGAGUGGGAGGAAUGGAAGUUGAUUGGAGGUACAUCUAUAGAGUUUCCUAGUCUUAUAAGUUUGUCUCUAAGUCGAUGUCCAAAACUGAAAAAAAACAUACCUGGUAACCUUCCUAAGCUUGAAAGAUUGUCACUUGAAAAUUGUCCUGAACUUGAAGGGAUAACACCCAACAAUCUUCCUUCUCUUUUCGCCCUUUGCUUAAGGGAUUGUCCCUUAUUGAUGAAGUCAAGACAUUCUAUUACAAAUCCACCAUCUGACGUAUUCAACCAAUUGGUGAUUUGUCUCAACUCUCUUCAAGAGUUGACCUUACUCGAGAUUCCAUCUCUUACAUCUUUUCCAAGAGAUGGUCUGCCCAAAACCUUACAAUCUCUCUCUAUUGAUUACUGUGAGAAUCUAGAGUUCUUUUCUCAUGAAUCUUUUCAUAAUUACUCAUCACUCGAGGUUUUGAAGAUAUACCAUAGCUGUAAUUCAAUGACAUCAUUUACCUUGGGCUCUUUCCCUGUCCUCAAAAGUCUAGAUAUUAUGAAUUGUGAACAUUUAAAAUCCAUAUCAAUAGCAGAAGAUGCAUCGGAACCAAGUCUAGUGUUUCUUAGAAGCAUCGAAAUAGGGAGAUGUGAUGAACUGGAGUCAGUUUCCUUAAGUCGAUUAUCCAUUCCUAAAAUCACUAGUUUACAUUUGUGGAGAUGUGAGAAGUUAAGCUCUCUACCUGAAUCAUUAAAGAAUCUAACUAGCCUUCAAAAAAUGGUAAUUAGUAAACUUCCGAAUAUGCAAUCUUUUUCCAUAAAUGAUUUGCCUAACAAUUUACGGGAACUGACACUUGGUGAUGUUGGAGGGAUUUUGUGGAAUACAGCUUGGGAACAUCAAACUUCUCUUUCAAAGCUGAAUAUUGCGAGUGAUGAUAUUGUGAAGGAUGUGAUGAGAACGCAAGUUCCGUUUCUACCCACUAAUCUCGUUUCCUUACACAUCUUUGAUCUUGAAGAUGUAGAAUGCUUGGAUGGGAAGUGGCUUCAACAUCUCACCUCUCUCCAUAAACUUCACAUUUCUUUCUCACCCAAGCUCAAGUCGUUGCCAAAGAAAGGGGAACUGCCUUCCUCUCUUAAAGAACUGCAUAUCUGUUUUUGUGUGUUAUUGAAAACAAAGUUGCAGAGGAAGAAAGGGAAAGAGUGGCGUAAGAUUUCUCACAUUCCCAAUAUAUAUAUAAUCUGAAAAUGAUCGAAUGAGUGAUUACAUCAACGUGAGUCAACAAAAUACUUCCUUCAUGUUUCCUGUUAUAUAAAUGUUAUCAAUACAUAUAUAUAUAUAUAUAUUUAAUUUCACGUAUUAAUGGAUAACAUUUUCUUCCUAAUCCAGUUUUUGGUUCCGUCUGGGGUUCUCACAUGAAAACCUCUUUGGUUCAGGUUUGACUCAUUGUCCUAUUGUGCUCAAAUUUCUUCCAUCAGGUUCUUUGUACUUUUCUUUUCACCUUAUAUUCAUUAUGAGAUUCAGUAAUGCUUAAUAAUAUAUUUUUGUUCAGAUUAUAUGGAGAUUCUAAGAGAGCAAAUUGCAAAGCUAGAAGAGACAAAACAAUUGUAUGUGUUUUCUAUUCAUUUUAAAGAUUAUGGAGAUUCGAAGAGAGCAAAUUGCAAAGCUAUAGCCAAAACGUACAAUUAUAACAAAAUUAUGGACCUCACUAUCCAGGAGGAUCACAAUAAAGUCUUGAUAUGCGUGGUAACAGUUUGACAUAAUGAUAUUUGUGAUUAAGAUACAGAGCAAUCUAGAGGAAUGCAUAGUUACUAAUGGAUCAACUUGACCUCACAAACCAAGACGAUCGCAAAAAAAAAAAAAGUCUUAGUAGAUCUGACGUGAUAUCACCAAUGAAGCAUUUAAACAACUGAUGCACUCUGCAAAGCUUCAUGGUGUCCCUAUUCCACCAUUACCUACAAAUCUGAAUGAUUGAUAUUCGAAAAACUUCCAUGUUUCUGUAGAGAGGUCCUCCACAUCAGUCAAAACUCAUUCAUCCUACAUAUGACACAUUCAGGAAAGGAACAUCUCUUCCAUUCAAAGAACUGAAGAGAGGCACUUCAAAACCAUCUUUUUAUUGAUUUUUUGUCAGAUAUGACUCAUUGUUUACCGAUAGGGCAGUAUGGUCCGAAGAACUUCCAUGUUUCUGUAGAGAGAUCCUCCACAUCAGUCAAAACUCACUCAUCCUACAUAUGACACAUUCAAGAAAGGAACAUCUCUUCCAUUCAAAGAAUUGAAGAGAGGCACUUCAACACCAUAUUUUUAUUGAUUUUUGUUAGGUAUGACUUAGUUUACUCAUAAAUGUAUAGGUUGCUUGAGUUCAUCCGCUUUGAUAAACUGUAACCUAGAAAACCUAUUUGAUUAAUACAACGGCACUGCAGCUGCUCUGUAGUUUGAGACGCAGACAUAAUUGGCCGAACUCCAUUAUCAAAUAUCGUAUGUUCUCUGUUUGUAUUUUUUUGUUUUUAUUUUCUUUUGAA